AUGGAUUCACCAGAUUUAAAACCGCAAUUGCAAAGGUCCAAAACUCAUGAAAAACCACUUCCUGCCGGUAACAGAGACAUGGGUAAUCAGGAUAUGGUGUGCAACUGCGAAGACGAGCUAGACAUCUUUGAGCGGUUCGUACAGGACCCAUGCAUGGACUCGUGGGAAGAUUUGGACGAGGAUAAAGACGGGGACGGUGACGGCGAAGGUAAGGGUGAGUUACACGAACAUCUGCAAGAUGAAGAGUAUGGAUCGCCAAAAUGGGAAGACGAAGAGGUCUUGGACCCGGUGACUGAAGGAGUGGAAAGCAUGCAGUACAAAGGAACACGUCUGGGGCUGGGGUCCGGGACAGGAAACCAGAACCCAAACGUAUGUUCGAAAUGUCACAAACUGCGGCGCUGGAAAACCGGUGGAAGCACCACUCAGGACUCUGCAGAUGAGCCCAUUUUGAGAUGCUCUCGCACGAACAGCUUUAUGUCGCAACUAUCGCGCCAGGCCUCCAGACAGUCACUUCCGGACUCAACAGAAAAUGCAGUUCCGUCUGUAGGGUCGCCCGCGGAGAACGGCGUGAAUAUGUCUGGGUCUUGGACCCGGUCCCGGUCCCGGUCUUCGUUUGGUGGGUCUUGCGCUAUUCCAGCACAUCUGUACUGUUUGGAACGGUUUGUGAGCUGUGAGCUCGAUUCUGCAGCAGAGUGUUUUUUCCGCAAAAACCCUCCUCCGCCACUUACUUGCACCACAUCUGCUUCUGCAGACCCUCCUGGAUCACCAACGCUAUCGCGCGUUCUAUCGGGAUCUUCUUCAACGUCCAAACCCGUCCAAAAUGACCUGAUCCAGCACUCAACCCAAACCCAGCUUUCUACGGUCCCACUCACGAAACGCAGGUCUCGCGUUUCUUCCAUUGAGCUUUCAUUGAUGAAUUCCAUGUCGUCCUAG